AUGGAUCACGAUCAAAAGUUACUUCUCGUAAUUCUUAUGUACCUGUACAUCCGUUAUUUUUGGAAGAGGGGUGUGAAACGAUUGCGGGAUAAUGAUUUGGAAAUGACGGGUCAUGAAUACACAUUGGAGUUAUUAUAUCGUAAUCAUUUACAAUGUGUUGAAGUAUUACGCAUGUCCCAUGACUCAUUUGUAGGACUAUGUGCUCAUUUUAGAGCACAUUACUCAUUAAAGGACAACAAACAUGUAUCGGUUGAGGAAAAGAUGGCUAUGUUUUUGAUGAUGAUCGGCAAUAAUCAACGUUACGUCAUUAUCAAGCGGAGAUUUCAACACUCGAAGCAAACAAUUCAUAAAUUUUUUUUUGAAGUGUUGGAGAAAAUGAUGCUUUUCGCACAAGAUGUUAUAGUACCAACUUCUUUUAAUCCGAGUCCAAACAUUCCAGGACAUAAUAAGAGGCUACGACGGGUUUUCAAAGGAGCGGUUGGUGCACUUGAUGACACUUUGAUACAUGCUGUUGUCCCUGCUAAGAAACAAGACUUAUAUAGAAGUAGGGGAAAGGGAGAUUGCUACCAAAAUGUAUUGGCAAUUUGUGACUUCAAUAUAAUUUUUACAUUUGUUAUGGCCGGGUGGGAAGGGGUAGCGCAUGACUCUAGAAUUUUAUCAGAGGCAGUAGCCGAUCCACAAGCAUCAUUCCUGUUUCCACCACCAGACAAAUAUUAUCUUUGUGAUGUCGCGUAUGCACACACUCGAGGAUUUAUGGCCCCUUAUCGUAAUGUGAGGGAUUGGCUUGGAGAUUUUCGUCAAAGACGUGCAUUGACCAAUAAAGAAAAAUUGAACCAUGGACAUGCAAAACUUCAGAAUGUCAUUGAGCGUGCUUCUGGUUUUUUGAAAGCACACUUCCCUAUAUUGAAGAGGAUGGCACCAUUCCCGUUUGUGACACAAAGAAACAUUGCCAUGGCAUGUUUCACGCUUCAUAAUUUUAUAAGGAGAGAAGGAUUGAGUGAUGAAUAUUUCGCACGAUACGAUGAACCCAAUGUCUCGUUUCGAAAUAACAAUGUGACCUUUAAUGAUGAUGAAGGCGGGAUUCCAACAAAUGCUACUGCAACAGACCGUGAAUAUAUGACACAGUUACGAGAUGAAAUUGCUGAUCAGUUGAUGCACAAUAUAGAUUGA